GGAAGAACAAUAACAGUUGGGCUUUUUCCAGAUAAGGCUUCACCUUUUAACAAUCAAAUUCUACAUAUUGGGCCUACGAAGAGGUUCAUAAGAUUUGAAUAGACAAUUAGAAAAACAGCAAUUAUGUGACAAAUAGUGUUUUAUUCUAAUUUUGGAUGACUAUCGGUGAAAUUUUAAUUUUAAUCAUCAUAUAACAAAACAAAAUUCCAAAACUUCAAAUUCUAAAAUCAAAAUUUUUAAAAUACCAUACAAUUUCUUUUUUUUUAAACAAUUGUAUGUUUUGUAUUGACAAAAUUAGUUUUAUUGAUUAGCAAAAAAUUCGUUUAAGACCUUAAAUUUGUCCUUUGUUAAUUGUUAUACCAAAUUUUAGCGUAAAGACAAUCUCUUGAAGGAGAAAAGGAAAACAAUCUCUCUUUCUGUGACCUUUCGCAACUUGUCAAAGCACCACGACCUUCUCUCUACGGAGUUGAGAUCAAUCCCCCCAAAUCUCGGUGUGGUUCCUCUAGGGUUUUUGAUCGGAAUCGGAAUCGAUAAUCUAACCGGCAUGAGGCCAAUCCUAUUGCCGGAUCCACCCAGUCUAUCUACCGGCGUCCCUGAUAUUUUCGAACAAGGCGGUUCCCAUAACGUCGUCAGACGCGCCGUCGUCAUCGGAAACGGUUUCCCUGGCUCCGAGAAUCAGUGUAUCGGUCUCGUUCGUGCGCUCGGCUUAUCUGAUAAUCACCUUCUCUACCGAGUGACAAGGCCUAAAGGAGGACUAAAUGAGUGGCUGCACUGGCUCCCAGUUGGUUUUCACAAGAAGUUGGACUUUAUCCUCAGGCAUAUUUACCUCUACUCCAGAUUGAUGCUUGGAUCCAAACAAAGUAAAUACAUCUCAUCUGUACCCUCAGAGAAUGGUGGUAAUGUAGGUUUGGCCUCUAUUCUAGAGGCUGAUGUGAAGGGCAUUGUAAAUUUGGCCCGUCAGACCUAUGAAAAGGAUGGCCCGUUGAUCGUGAUUGCAUGUGGAAGAGAUACUAUUUCUAUUGCUAGCUCGAUAAGACGUUUGGCUUCUGAAAACGUCUUCGUUGUUCAGAUACAACAUCCUAGAUCACAUUUAAAUAGGUUUGACAUGGUGAUCACGCCUCGUCACGACUACUAUCCUCUAACACUCGAAGCGCAGGAGCAGGUCCCUAGAUUUAUGCGUAGUUGGAUAACUCCACGUGAACCUCCUCAGGAUCAUGUAGUCUUGACUACUGGAGCUCUACACCAGAUCGAUUAUGCCUCACUCCGUAAAGCAGCUAGUGCCUGGCAUGAUGAAUUUGCUGCUCUUCCGAAGCCUUUAGUUGUGGUUAACAUCGGCUGGCCUAGAAGUAACUGUCGGUAUGGAGCAGACCUCGCAAAACAGCUAACAGACUCCCUUCUUAAUGUCCUUGCUACCUGUGGAAGUGUCAGAAUUACUCUUUCCUACAAAACCCCUGCAAAGGUUUCAAGAGUAAUCUUCAAAGAACUUGGAGAUAACCCCAAAGUUUACAUAUGGAAUGGCCAAGAACCAAAUCCUUACAUGGGGCAUCUAGCUUGGGGUGAUGCUUUUGUGGUGACAGCAGAUUCAGUCAGUCUGAUAAGCGAAGCUUGUAGCACCGGGAAACCAGUGUACGUUGUUGGAGCCGAUCACUGUAAAUGGAAGAUUGCAGAAUUCCAAAAGUCUUUGAGGGAGCGAGGAGUUGUCCGCUCAUUUACAGGUUUCGAAGAUAUGUCGGAAAGUUGGAGUUAUCCGCCAUUGAAUGACACAGCAGAGGCAGCUACGAGAAUACGGCGUGAAUUGGCUGCACGUGGAUGGAGUUUACGGUCUUGAAUUAUAUACUCUUCUUUGCUGUACCACUUAUUUGCGGAAUCACAUUUUGUCCAAAGCUGGAGAAACAGAAGCCUAAGAGAAUCGGAUGUUGUGCAGAAAGAAAGAAUAGUUGAAGAUAUCAUUUAAAAAGGGUCAUUUUACUCUAGCUUGCCCUAAAAUUUUGCUGAUAAUGUUUUACCAAUAGGCCAAAUACUAAAAAAAAUCUCUGUUACUUAAUCGGAGAGGCCUUUGUGAGAUAAAAGAAAGCGGAAAGGUUUUUUUUAAUCUUUUUAACGUUUGUAUUGUUUUGUCGACGAGAUUUGACCGUUUGAGUGUGUAUAAAAAAUCAAUGUUUCACGCACGUGACCUCCUUUUGAUAAAAUUUCCCCAAAUUGGU